AUGUCCGAGCAAGAAACUGAUCAGGCCAUCGAGCUCCUGGGGAUGCUCGCCAACUCCCGAGGUGCCGGAACAUCAUGUAUCACCCUCAUCCUUCCGCCUCGAUCGCAGAUCUCUCAAGCGAGCGGAAUGUUGACAGGCGAAUAUGGAACUGCUUCCAACAUCAAGUCCCGAGUCAACAGAUUAUCAGUCCUUUCAGCCAUCACAUCGACGCAGCAGAAGCUUAAGCUGUAUAAUCGCGUUCCUGACAAUGGGCUGUGUGUGUUUGUCGGAACGGUGUUGAACGAUGAGGGCAAGGAAAAGAAGAUCUCGUUCGCGCUGGAGCCGUUCAAGCCCAUCAACACCUCUCUGUACAUGUGUGACAGUCGAUUCCACGUCGAAGCGCUUGAAGAACUGCUCGAGAACGACUCCAAGUGGGGUUUCAUCAUCAUUGACGGUAACGGCUCCCUGUUCGGUACCCUCUCCGGAAACACCCGCGAGGUCGUCCACAAAUUCUCGGUCGACCUCCCCAAGAAGCACGGACGUGGUGGUCAGUCCGCCCUUCGUUUCUCGCGUCUCCGAGAGGAAGCCCGCCGGAACUACGUCCGUAAAGUCGCCGAAUUGGCCGUGCAGCACUUUAUCACUGCCGAUCGGGUGAACGUGGCGGGGUUGGUGUUGGCCGGUUCGGCCGAGUUGAAGACGGAUCUGAGCGGGAGUGAUCUGUUUGACCCGAGGUUGUUGGCCAAGGUGGUCAAGAUUGUGGAUGUGUCGUAUGGUGGUGAGAAUGGUUUCAACCAGGCUAUCGAGCUUGCGGCCGACUCGCUCGCCAACGUCAAAUUCGUCCAGGAGAAGCGUCUCAUCCAGAAAUACUUUGACGAGAUUGCCCUCGAUACCGGCAAAUACUGCUUUGGUAUCGCCGACACCCUCAAAGCCCUCGAUAUGGGCGCGGUCGAAACCCUCAUCGUCUGGGAAGCGCUCGAUACUAUGCGCCACACCCUCCGUAAUGCCGCCGGCGAUGAAGUCAUCGUCUUCAACAGCCCGGCCGACAAGCUCGAAAAGGACAAGGAAAAGGUCGCGGACCUCAAAGAGAAAUUUAUGGACAAGUCGACAGGUCUCGAGAUGGAGCAAGCGGCGGAACCGCAGGCGCUCCUCGAGUGGUUUGCGGAAAAGUACAAGGAGUUUGGUGCGACCCUCGAGUUUGUCACCAACAAGAGUCAGGAGGGGAGUCAGUUUGUGAAAGGGUUCGGAGGCAUUGGGGGGAUUUUGAGGUACAAGGUCGACUUUGCGGAUCUGGGGGAUCAGGAGGGGGACGAUGAUGAGUUUUACGGGUCAGACGAGGAUGAUGUGGCGGAAAAAGAUAUCGGAGGUGGGCGCGGUGAAGUGGACGCUGGCGCGGAGGCAGGGAAGAUGGCGGAGAUAGGGGACGGGUGGGGAUCGGAAAGGGUACAAGGCAGCCGGCCCUGGGUGAUCUUGACGGAACGGACGGGGGAUGGGGAACAUGUUGCCGAUCGGAGAGUUAUCGAGGUCGGCUCGUUCGGUCUGGCGGAAGAUUCGGGUGGCGUGGAACCUCGCACGACCCUGAUGACUCGAAAACACAUCAUCAAGCGUCCUAGAAUCGUCCCUCCGUAG